CGGCCCGCUGUAACUCAGUGCGGGCCCUGGAGCGACCGGGUCCGGUUCUCCGUGUACGGGUUAUCGGAGCGAAUAUACGGAGCGGCAGUCAGCUGGCGGCGACGAGAAGUCACCCCAGCGACUCGACGGUAGAGGGGAACGGUGUUCGGCUCGACGUGAUCGCCGUGAGUUGUGACGCCAUGGCGGCACCCAAGGGAAGGAUGGUGAGCUUCACCAUCGACGGACAACAACAUCAAGUGAGCGUGGGAGCCGCGUCGGACGGCUCGACGGCGCCGGUGACGGCGUCCACCUCGCUGGCCGACUACCUGCGCGACCAGUGCGGCCUGCGCGGCACCAAAGUCAUGUGCCGCGGAGGCAUGUGCGGCGCGUGCGUGGUGACGGCGCGCGUCACCGACCCGGCCACCGGUCAGACGGAGGUGCGCGCCGUCAACUCGUGUCUGGCGCCCGUGCACAACUGCCAGGGCUGGCAGAUCGAGACCGUGCAGGCCAUCGGCGACCGCAAGGCCGGCUACCACCCGGCCCAGUCGCGGCUGGCACAGAUGAACGGCACCCAGUGCGGCUACUGCAGCCCAGGAAUGGUCAUGUCCAUGUACAGUCUGCUGGAGUCUGGCGAGGCGGUGACCCCCCAGUCGGUCGAGCAACACCUGGACGGUAACUUGUGCCGCUGCACCGGCUACCGUCCCAUCCUGGACGCCUUUAAAACCUUCGUCCCGGAGGCCGACGAAAAGACUCAGCAGAUCAUCAAGGACAUCGAGGAUGUGGCUCCCUCGGGCUCCAAGGCGGGCUCGUGCGCCAAGAAGUGCUCGGGCGGCGGCGGCGGCGGCGGCUGUGUCGGCUGCCCGCGCACCGCUCGCCUGGCGUCUGACGGCGCCGAGAAGUGGUCCUACCCGACCAGCCUGGCUGAGCUGUGCGCCAUCAUCAAGGCCAACCCGGCCGACAAGACGCUCAAGCUGGUCCGAGGCAACACGGGAACAGGUGUUUACCACGACGCCGGCCAGCCGGACGGCUACGUCUCGUUGCUGAAGGUGCCCGAGCUGAGUCAGGUGACCCAGACCGCCUCCGCGCUGACGCUGGGCGCCGCCGUCUCCCUCUCCCGCGUCAUCGAGGAGUUCCAGAAGCUGUCCUCCACGGCCGGGUUCGGCCACUUCUCCGACAUGGCCUCCCACCUGCUGCUGGUGGCCAACACGCCCGUCCGAAACGCCGGCAGCUGGGCCGGCAACCUGAUGCUGAAGCAGACGCACGGCGACUUCCCGUCUGACGUGUUCCUGCUGCUGGCGGCCGCCGGCGGACGGCUCCAGAUCGCCGACGAGGACGCCGCCACUACGGAGAUCUCCGUCGAGCAGCUGCUCUCCGAGGACAUGGCCCGCAAGGUGAUCGUGUCAGUCACACUGCCCACCCUGGACGAGACCAAAUACGUCUUCAAGUCGUACAAGAUCACGCCCCGCGCCAUCAGUGCUCACGCCUAUGUGAACGCUGCCUUCGUGCUGCCGCUCGACGCCUCGUUCACCGUCGUCGAAAAGCCGACGCUGCUGUUCGGAGGGAUCAGUGCCGACUUUGUACACGCCGCCAACACAGAAGCGUUCCUGGAGGGACGUUCGCUGACCGAUGAGCAGACGGUGCAGGGCGCGCUGGCCGCUCUUCAGGCCGAGGUGGUACCGACCCCCGACCCGGCAGAGGCCGACCCGGCCUACCGACGCAGCCUGGCCUGCGCACUGCUGUACAAGGUGGUGCUCCGCGUGCUCGGUGACCAGGUGCCGGCCCCUCUGCGCUCCGGGGGAGAGGACCUCACCCACCCAGUCAGCUCGGGCACCCAGCAGUUCGACACCGACCAGACCCUGUGGCCCGUCAACAAGGCCGUGCCCAAGCUGGAGGCGCAGGCGCAGACCUCCGGCGAGGCCAAGUACACUGGCGACGAGCCGGCCGAGCCGGACGAACUGGUGGCCGUCUAUGUGCAGACCACGAUCGCCAACGGCCAGGUGGCCAGCGUGGACACGAGCGCCGCGCUGGCCGUGCCGGGCGUGGCCGGCUACGUGUCUGCCGCCGACAUCGCGGGCGUCAACAACAUCUGCAGCUACGGAGACACCGUCGAGGAGCUGUUCACCUCGGGCCAGGUGCUGUACUACGGCCAGGCGGUGGGUCUGAUCGUGGCCGACACGUACAGCGCCGCCCGUACCGCCGCCGGGCUCGUCAAGAUCACCUACACAGACGUGCAGCCGCCGGUACUCACCAUCAAGGACGCCCUGAAGAAGCAGGGCGGGUCGGCCACCGCCGCUCCUGCCGCAAAGACCACGACCAAACAGGGUGUGCGUCAGGUGAUCGGCGAGUUCAGCAUAGGCGGCCAGUACCACUUCACCAUGGAGACGCAGACGGUGCGCGCCGUGCCGAGGGACGACGACCAGCUGGACCUCUUCAGCGCCACCCAGGACAUGAGGGACGUCAACAAGGUCGUCUCCCAGAUCACCACUCUACCCAUGCACAAGAUCAACAUGUCGGUGCGCCGAUUGGGCGGCGGGUACGGUAGCAAGCUACAGCACCCGAGCCGCGUGGCCAGCGCCGCCGCAGUGGCCGCGCUGACCGUCAACAAACCCGUCCGGUUGGUGCUCGACAUCCGGACCAACAUGACACUGCUGGGCGGCCGGCUGCCCUACCUCAUCCAGUAUCAGGCGGAGGCCGAUGAAACCACCGGCAAGAUCUCCAGCCUGCAGAUCAAGUUCACGGCGGACGCGGGCGCGGUGGGGUACGCGGCUGACGACACGUCCUUGGCGCUGGACACGGUCACCAACGUGUACGAGGCCGAGGGCUGGCAGACGGAGGGGACUGCGGUGCUGACCAACACGGCCUCCAACACGUGGUGCCGCGCGCCAGGAACGGUGCAGGGCGUGUCCGGUAUCGAGUGUGUCAUGGACCACCUGGCUCACGAGCUGGGCAUGGACCCGUGGGCGCUGCGACAGGCCAAUUUCUUCGGGCCCGACACCAAGUUCAGGAAGGGCGGCAACCGCGCCACCGACUACGACGUCUUCAUGCAGAUGGUGACGGAGAUGUUCUCCGAGGCCGACAUCGACGCCAGGAAGGCCGAGAUCGCCCAGUUCAACCAGGACAACCGCUGGCGGAAGCGUGCUCUGUCGCUGGUGCCGGUCCGCUGGCCCAUUCUCCUGUUUGCCAGAUAUCCGACUAUAGUCUCCAUCUACAAAGACGACGGAACGGUGGCAGUGUCCACCGGCGGCGUCGAAAUGGGACAGGGACUCAACACCAAGGUGGCCCAGGUGUGCGCCAAGGUCCUCGGCAUUCCCCUGGAGCUGGUCUCCGUCAAGCCCAACAUGAACAUCAUCAACCCGAACGGAGAUUCUACGGGAGGCAGCGUGGGCAGCGACAUGAGCAGCUUGGCCACCAAGGCAGCCUGCGAGGAGAUGAACGAGCGCUUGGCGCCGUUCAAGGCCGAGGGCAGUGCUUGGGCCGACGUCGUCAAGAGGGCCUUCAACCUCGGCGUCAACCUCACCGCCUACCAUUAUCAGAAGCCGAUCUUGACGCCGUACAACAUCUUCGCGCUGGCUGCCGUGGAGCUGGAGAUGGACGUGCUGACGGGCCAGUACCGGCUGAACCGCACCGACCUCUACGAAGACGCCGGACAGUCGCUCUCGCCGGCCAUCGACAUCGGACAGUGCGAAGGCGCCUUCAUCAUGGGCAUGGGCUUGCACAUGGGCGAGGAAAACCGCUACGACACCGAGACCGGCCGCAAGCUCACCGACUCCUCCUGGAACUACUACGUGCCGUCCAGCAAGGACAUCCCCACCGACUUCCGCGUGAAGCUCAUCAAAAACAACGACAACCCCAUCGGAAUCUUCAACUCCAAAGCCACGGGUGAGCCGCCCCUGUGCACCACCUACGCGGCCAUCAGCGCGCUCCGGCAGGCCGUGGCCGAGGCCAGGAAGGAUGCUGGACACACCGACUGGACGCAGCUGGACGCUCCGGGCACGGUGGAGAAGGCGCAGACGGCCUGCCAGCUCAGCCCCGAGAUGUUUGUGAUCUCGUAACGGACUAGAGGUCACAAACGGCCGUCAGAAGGCGACCCGCGACAGAGACACAGACGACGUGUGACCGGAGAUCAAUGUCAUAUGCUGUGACUCAGGAGUGAUUGCGUGAUCAGUGGUACUUUUAGAUCAAUUUGCAACGCUUAUGCAAAUGGGAUACCUACAAAGGGGGACAUUGUCGCAGAUGAUGUGUGACAUAAUUGAUGAAGUGUUGAUACGUACGCGAGAUGAUAGAAGAUGAAAAUAUUCGGGAUACGAUGGACGAACGUUAAGGUAUUCGGUGUUUUAGUGAUUUAUUGUUCAGCGCUAAAUAUAAUACAUAUUUAUGUUAACAAAAUAUACAUUAGCGUCCCGUAGAUGUGUGUGUUUCUUUCAUCAAGAAAGCCGCUGAAUCAUUGGAUGCUUUACAAUGGCUGUAGCUUACCAAACAUAUGAACUUGAAACAUGUAUCUGCAUUUACAUGCAUUAUUGCUGAAUCAAUACAGAUAAUAAAAGGAAA